AUGCCUGGCCUUUGUUACAGUCUCCUCUUCUUCAAAACCGACUGCAAAAGCCUCCUCUCCUUCCCCCAUUUCCUGCAUUUUCUUCGAUUAUCCACUGCUUCGAUCGAAAAACCACCUCCAAACACCAAUUUCAUCGUUGAUUACCUCAUAAACUCACUUGGGUUCUCAGCAGAAAAAGCAAUCCUCGUAUCGAAACGCCUCGCCCACAUAAAAUCCCCCAAAAAACCCGACUCUGUUGUCAACUUAUUCCGAAACUGCGGUUUCAGCGAUACCCACAUCAAGAGUCUCGUUUCUUUACUGCCCACGUUGCUUUCCGCCCAUGUCGAGAAAACCCUUCUUCCGAAAAUCAGAAUUCUGCAAGAAAUAGGUCUAACAGGGCCUACCCUGGCGGAAGUUUUAGUUGUGAAUCCAACGCUUCUGACCGUAAGCGCUGAAAACACGCUUUUGCCUUCACUUAAUUUCCUUCGAACUCUCAUCGGGAAUGACGGAGACGUCGCAACAGUCCUCAAGAGAUCCAGAUGGCUCUUUAACGCGGGCGAUGUCCAGAAACAAAUGCAGCCCAACAUCUCGACUCUACAGAAAUACGGUGUGGCUGACGAAAGAAUCAAGAAGCUCGUCGUACAAAGCCCUAGAUACCUCUUGCGGAAGCCCAUUUGGCUUGAACACAUCGCAGACCGAGUUGAACUCGAAUUCGGGAUCCCUCGUGGUUCAGGGAUGUUUGCUUAUGGAGUUGAUGUGCUGUGCUCUCUCAGUAAGACAACAUUGGAGAAGAAGUUCCAGAUCUUUGCGAGCUUUGGAUGGUUAGAAUCCGAUACAAAGACUGCCUUCCGGAACCUUCCUUACUUUUUGGCAUUGUCAGAGGGGAAGAUCCGGCGUGGGUUGAAUUUCUGGAUGAAGGAGCUUAAGUACGAGCCUUCUUUCAUUGCUCGCUGUCCAAAGCUUCUGAUGUUCAAUUUGGAGACCCGGAUUGUUCCGCGGCAUUUGGUUUUUGAGGCACUGAAGUCGAAGAACUUGAUCAAGAAUCUGAAAAAUCCGAGUCUACAUAAAAUCGUUUGCUUGCAGGAGCAUCAGUUUUUGGAGGAUUAUGUGCUUCAGUUUAAGGUGGAGGCUCCAGAGCUCUAUGAAAUUUACAUUUCUAAUUCUGGUAAACAUAGUUCUGAUGAAAAAUUCUGUUUUGGGAAGAUUGAUACACUGCGUGCUAUGAAGCUUGAUAUGCAGGCGCUCAGAAAUGGUACUUGUGGCAUAUAUCAACUCAAAGUUGCUGACCGUCACAAGGACCUGAAGAUCAUCCUUACAGUCUCCUUGCAUCCGAAUCGGUCUAAUUCAUGA